AUGACAGACCCUACUCUACCAACAAAUCAGGGCCUUGAUGAGGAGGCCUAUGACUCCGCCGAGGAUGAAGAUUUCGAGCUAGACGUUGCACCGGACGACUCCGACUUAUCUUCCGAUGCCGAUGAGGCCCCAGAACCCGCAAAAAAGAAGCGAAAGACAGACACCACAGCUCAAAUCCCCAAGGAUGCAGAACUCGACUCUGGAGAUGAGGCUACAAUCAGAAGGGCGAGGGAGAAGAAAGAGAAAAAGACCAAGGGGAAGAAGCCUAAGGGCAAACGUGCGCGUGAUAGCGACGAGGAUGAUAGCGACAUUGACAUGGACGACGAUGAAGGAGGAACUGGGGGAUUUGUGCGAACACGCGCAAUGAAACAACAAAUACAAGAAGAACAGCGUAAGCCCCUGGCCAGGAUUGAUGGCGCGACUGUGGACGUGGACGCCCUAUGGGAGCAGAUGAAUGCCCCCCAAGCCCAGAGCAGCUUGUCAACCCCGAUUCAGCAAAUAACCGAAUCUGUUCCCGAACCGCAACCAAAAGGCGAAACGCAAGCACAGGACCAGGGUGCCAAAGAUGCGGAACACAAAAUGGGCCCUACCACGCACGCUGACCAGAUGAUCAAGAUCAAGCGCACCUACAAGUUUGCCGGAGAAUGGAUCACCGAGGAGAAGGUCGUGCCCAAACACUCGGCGGAGGCUCAAGUGUUCCUGUCUAGUGGGGAGAAUGUCGAAUAUACCGACGAGGAUGCCGCAGCCACAACUGCUGCUCGUAACCUUCGCCGACCGCUUCGCAAGAUCUCGCGAUUCGACCCCAAUCCGACCGGCACGAUCAAGAAAAGCUGGGAGAAACAACUCGUUACCGAUGACAAGGAUGCGCGUGGACCCAAAAUCAACACUGUGGAGAAGUCAAGACUCGAUUGGGCCACGUACGUCGACUCAGCCGGUAUUAAAGAUGAGCUGCGCACGCAUAGCAAAGCUAAGGAGGGUUAUAUCGGUCGCAUGGAUUUCUUGGGCCGUAUGGAAGACAAGAGAGAGGAGGAACGGCGGACUGCACGGCUCAAGGGCAUAUGA